GUGACAAUGGAUUCAUCUCCAUUCACUCCAAUAAAUUAUCCGGUAUGGGUUUCAAAGUUGAUAAAUUGCUCUAAUUAUCUAACAACGCCAUUACAAGCUAUAUUGCUUGUUCAUAUGACAAAUGGUUCCGUUGCAGAAGCGUACAACUUUCUGACCACCGGUAAACGUUGUCCAUCAUCAGCAACAAAUUUUAGUCCACCUCUUUGGUUACCUGAUGAUGAUGAAUGUUUAGGUUCAACUGAUAAAAAUAAACUUGAUGAACUUGUCAAUCGUUUUGGUUGGGCAGAAAUAGUUAAACGUGUUGGCUUUUUACAAAAUAAAAAUAAUAUUGAUACUUCUGAUGACAUUUUUUGAAAAUUUUAUUUAUUAGAUUUUGUACAUAAUUAUCGUCUAGAUUUUAUAAAAACUCUGUUGUUAAUUUAUUUUAGUACUGUGUUUUUUCAUCUAUUUCGCUGUAUAUUUAAACAAGAUAUUUUUUUCUGUUUAUUUUUGUACAUUUUCACCUGAG